AUGGCUUCAAUUAAUUUAUCAGAAAAUUUACUUGUAAUUUGUUCCAGUCAACAUAUUAAUUUAUUUAAACAACAAAAUUCUUUGUUAAAUUAUUCUUUUUUGUCAUCAUUCGAUAUUACAACAAUAGAAGUUAAUUUAAAAGGGAAUAGAAAGAAGAAAACUGAACAAGAUAAGAUUCUCUGUUCUUCCCUUUCCAACAAUUCACAAUAUUUAGCUGUUGGCACAACCUCCAAAUUACUUUUAAUUUUUAAUUUAAAUGAAAAUAAAGAAUUAUCUCAACCAUUUUAUUGUGAAUUAAUCAAAGCGCCAACAAAGAUUUGUUUUCUAAAUAAUGAGACUGUGUUGGUAUCCAAUAGAUUUGGAUCUCUGUUCAAAUUUGAAAUUUUUGAAUCCAAAAUAUCUGAAGGCGUUGAAUUGCUUGGACAUUUUUCUAUGUUCGUAUUUCUCGCUUUCCUCAAGCUUAUGUUAUUGAAGGAUUUUGUGGGUUUUGGACACUCUUCAUUUGUUAAAUCAAUUGCUUUUUAUGGCGACAAUAAAUUAAUUAGUGGAGGAGGUGAUUCAAUAAUUUAUGUGUGGGAUUUAAAUUUAUUUAAAUGUAUUUCUACAAGCUGUAAAGUUUCUGAGACGGCAAUUAGAAAAGUUGGAGUUGUUAAAAUUGUUGAGGAAGAAAUAUCAAAAGAAGGAAUUAUUUGUUUACCAGACCAAAGCAAUUCAAUUUUAUUAUUUUCUUUAAAUCAACAACAGCAAAUGGCAAAAAUGAAUUCUUUUAAUUGUUCAAAUGAAAAUGAAUAUAUUUUUGAUUUUGUUGUGGAUAUGGAUAGAAAAACAGUUUUUUGUGUUGGAAGACAAGGAAUUUAUUAUUUCCAACCAACAACUAUUAAUUUGCCUUCUACAGCAAUAUCAGAACUAAAAUUUCUACAAUUUUCUCCACCUUUAAACAAUUUUAUUUUAAAUGAAUUAAAUUUGUGUGAAGACCAAUUACCUUUAAAUUCAUUAUAUAAAAUUCCUUUAAAUGGAAAAAAUUUGGAAGAUUAUAAAAAUAAAAAAGAAGAAAAAUUGGGGGAGAAAAAGAAGAAAAUUAUGGGGGAAGAAGAGGAGAAUUGA